AUGAUUGCCCUCCUGGUUUUCGCAGUCUCUAUCCUUGGUCUUUCCGCCACUGCUUUAGCACGCCCGAGUGCACACCCCCCUCAAAAAUACAUUAAUUGGAAGACAUUCAAAGCCAACGGAGUCAACCUUGGUGGUUGGCUCGUGCAGGAAGAAUUCAUCGACUCGUCCUGGUGGAAUCAAACCUGUGGCGACACACAUGAUGAAUGGAACUGCUGUAUCAGCCUCGGCGCUCAAUGUGGCCCUGUUCUGGAACGGCGUUACGCAACUUACUUCAAGCCGGCCGAUAUCGACAAGCUGGCCUCUGCCGGCGUGAACACUCUCCGCAUCCCGACCACGUAUGCGGCCUGGGUCAAAGUUCCUGGCAGCGAACUCUAUUCUGGCAACCAAGUCUCAUUCUUCAAAAAGAUUGCUUCUUAUGCCAUUUCUAAAUAUGGCAUGCACAUCAUUCUCGAUAUCCAUUCCUUGCCUGGCGGUACGAACGGUCAGGGACACGGCGAAGCCGAAGGCCAUUUCAGCUGGUUCAACAACCAAACCAACCUUGACUACUCGCUGAAAGUUGUUGAUGCGGCCCUAGAAUUCAUAAAAUGCUCGGAUAGCCCACAAUCAUAUAGUCUUGCCCCAAUCAACGAACCGGUCGACAACCAUGACAUCACGAUGUUCGGCACACCAGCCUCGUUGUCGGAUAACGGUGUGGCUUGGGUGCAAAAGUAUCUCAAUGCUGCCAUUGCAAAGACAGAAGCAGUGGAUUCAAAGAUUCCUGUCAUGGUCCAGGGCGGGUUCAGAAGUGCAGCGUUCUGGUCUCCUCGAUUUCCUGCUGGCACAAACUUGGUCUUUGACGUGCACAACUACUACUUUGUUGGACGUCCCACCGACUCCGACACUGUUCAAGCCGAUAUUUGCUCCGAUGCUAAAAGUUCCGCCAGUGAUAGCAAAUUCCCCGUCUUCGUCGGCGAGUGGUCUAUCCAAACGGCCGCGAACAACAAGUUCGCAAAUCGUGCAAAGAACCUGAACACAGGGCUCUAUGCUUUUGGAAAAUUUACGCAGGGAAGUGCGUAUUGGUCUGCCAGAGUCAACGGGAGCGGUAAGGUAGAUGGUGAAGGUGUCCAGGGGGAUUAUUGGAGCUAUUUAUCAUUCAUUGCCAUGGGCAUCAUCAAUCCCAGCCAAGGCCGGCAAUAUUGUCUUUAG